AUGAACGUCUAUGAUGACUCGGACCAGCCAUCUACUUCACAGGCCUACACUGUGGGUCCCUUUUUUUCAGAUAGUUUGUAAAAAAAACUAAAUUACUUUUUUAUGUAGACAAUUUCGAAUUCGAGGUAUCAAAAAAAACCAAAUGAGAAUCAGGUUUUUUUAUUGUUAAUUCAAAACAAUGAAAAUGGUUUUUCCUCGUUUUUUUCAAGUAAUAUUUUAGCAGCUGUCGCAAGUAUGCUCGUACUGCGGCCAUGGUUCCCUGGAAAAUCGCCUCAUGCCGUGUCUUUUCUGCGGAACUGUAUUUUACUGUUCCAGCGAACAUCAGGUAUGUUUCAAAAAAAUUAAAAAAAUUUUUUUGAAAUUUCGAAAAAAAGAUACUGAGGAAAAAAACACUCGAUUUUUCAUGGUUUUUUCCAACCAAAAGAAAAAAAAUAACGCAAAUCGAUAGUUUCUUGUCUUAAGUUUAUAAAAAAAUUUUUCAAACCAGUUCAGUGUAAUUUUUUUAAAAAAAUCUUACUCAACUCUUAAGAAAACUGCACGAAAAUUAAAUAUAAUAAUGAGAAAUUUGUACUCUGUCUUCGAAAAAGCCCCAAUCAAUAAGAAAAAUGAGAAGAAACCGUUUUUUCCUCUUUCUUAUCAAAUAUGAAAUGUUGCAAUUUCGUCCAACGGCGGACCGAAAUUGACACGAAAGUUUUCGGUUCGUCACUUAUCGUCCAACGGCUACGUGACAAAACGAGUGUUUGUUUUAAGGGGACGGCCAUUGAUUUCGAAUUGGUUAACAUUUGGUUGCCUUUUCUGGUCGAUUGAAAAGCCUUUGUUCUUCUUCGUCAUGAGUUUCUUCAUUCUCUUUAUGUUUCCCGAAUUUUGAAAUUUUUUCAACUCAUUUACAUGAUUAAUGGAAGUUUGUGGAUUCUUUUGGCUUUCAAAUCGAGGUUUUUCCUUUCAGAAAGUAAGAUCCUUUUAGUUUUUGAAAUGUUCUGGUUUUUCUAGCGCGAAUUUCAGUUCGAAAAUUUCAAGGCAUAGUUUUUUCUUAACUCAAUUGCCUGCCAGAAUUAGGCAGCUUUCCUAAAUUUUUUCUAUUUGAGAUGAAAAUACGAAUUUUCCAAUAAGCUGAUAGAAGUAAAGAAAAAGAGUGGAUAGUUCUUAAGUUCGAAAAACCUAAUUCCGAGGAGAAAAACUAUUUUUUGUGUAUCAAUUUUCAGUUAAACUUUAGCAAAAUGAGAUCCACAAAAAGUUAAAUUUUCUGAACGCAAAUAUUUUCCAUUUCGAACUUGAGAUCUGUUUUUUAGGAUUGUUCAACUUGUCAGUUUACAGUAACUUAAGAAAUUUCCAAAUUUUGCAGAAGUCGGACUGGGUACGGCACAAGUCGCUUUGCCAAUCACUUCAGUUCCGCAAGUCCAACUCGGUAAUCAUGGGCCAGCACGUGGAUCCGUCCCCAUCUUCGUCCGUCUCGUCCUUGCCGCAGUUGCCGACGAUUCCGACGUUCAUCGCCGGCGAACUGGCCCAGAACAUGGUCGCCUUGGCUUCCUUCGGAACGGCCAAGAACGCCUUCACUGUCACGGAAUUCAGCGCCUUCCGACCUUACCGAGACGUCGUCGCGAGCUCCUCCUCGGCUGGAAGUGGUUCGUCUCAGGCAAAGUCAGACGUCCCGAAAAUUGGCUCAAAAGAGAGCGACUUGCAAAAAAGAUCCCUGCAAACCUCUCUUCCAAAGUCUUACGAUAUUAAAGAGGGCGGAGAAAAAGCCGAUAAACGCGGAUAUAAUGACGCAGAAAUGCAGAAGAAAGGAACCUUUUUUCAUAGGAACGGUUAGAAUCAGCCUUGGAGAGUCCAUCUGACUUUGUCUAUAGCGCAUAAUACUCUGCAGUUUCGAACUCUUCAUUUUUAGUACAAGCCUUCAAUCUACCGACCAUGGCUUCGGCGAUGCCGUCCACUUCCGACACGAUGUCGUCGCCGGCGUUGCUCAGCUCCUUGUCCACCCCGUCGACGUCUUCUUCCUCCUCCUUCUCCUCGACGGCUACCGCUUUCAGCCCGGUUAAGACGGCCUUGCAAGGUCAGAUAUCCCACAGUUUGUUCCUGAAUUCAGAAUAUCUUUAAAGGGAUCUUCUAAAAUGCUAAAAUCCAGAGAUAAAAAUUGACAAACUUUCUUUUGGACUUGAAGUAUGGAGGAAAAAAAUCGAGAUAGAUUGGGCAUGAAAGUUUGUCGUUUAGCGUCACCGAGUGCCAAGGAAUUGCAGCCGAACAAGGAAGUGUUCAUUCCGACGGACGAUCCUGAUAUUCAGGUGCUUUUCGGGGAAUUUAUUUCGGGAAUGUUAAAAAAAAAUUCCUUACGAAAAAAAGCAUUGUUUAUCAAUUAUCAAAUUUUCAAAACUGUUGUCGACUCAAUCGCCUUGAAUCUUUAAAAAAUGAAACUAAUUCUUUUACCAUAUAUCCCUUUUUAUGUUUCAAAUUUUUUUAUAGAGAAGUGCUUUUUCAAGUACCCACUCAAGAUUUUUAGAUUUCGGAAACUUUUUCUCUUAAAAUUUCGUUAGUCUUUUCGAAAACUUCCAGCCCCAUUCUUUAUUAUAUUCAUGCGGUUUGAGAAUCUACGUGCGAAAUUGCAGUCGACGCGAGUUUUUUCGCCGCCUUUUCAACGAGAAAGAUUCAUUUUGCCGUUUGUCACGAAUCCGCUUGGAACACCCCAGUUUAUAGAAAGAUUCAGCGUCGAAAUGUUAUUGGAUUCAUUUUUCUUCAUAUCCUGGAAUUUCAAGUUUCGAGGAGGUUCUCGGCUCGAAAUUUUAAUUUUAAAAAAAUGUGUUUCUUCACUUUUUUUUAUUUAUUUUUGAGGCUUCCGACGUCGUUUUCUUCUAUUUUUUCACUAGAUUCUUUCUUUUUCAGUCAACUUUAUUUUUCAUACUUUCAGUCAUUUUAUUUUGUUUUAGGAGCUUAUUUGAAAUGAUUGCAAGGUCCUUUCUUUCAGAUAAUCGAAGGAGGUUUGAAAGGAUCCCUCCUGAAGAACAGAAAAAGAUCGACGCCAUCCAGUGCAGAUCUGAAGGUGCCGUUUAAGGAUCACAACAAAAACGUUGUUUAUUCGGUGAGCAAAAAAAAGGGAAAAUUGGCUUACGUUUUCAAAAAAAGUAAAAAUGAUUCAUUCAUCUCCUAUCAAAGAACGCUUUUCAAAGAUUAUAACUUAUAUGGAAGAGAAAAGUCGAGUAUAAAAAUCAAUCUGUAUUUGGUUCCAAUAGUUCGAAUCUUUCCAGUAACUAAAUUAUAUGAUUUUCAAUUGAAUCGAUUUCCUUUCUCAGACAAGCCUCCAAGAACACCAACGAUUACUCCAAGGAAAAGGAUUGGCUCUGAACUUGCACCAGGCGAUGGUUCUGAGGCUUCGUGUUGGUUUUUUGAAGUCGAAAAAUUAUGAAAACAAUUUUCUCAGUACAUUGCCGAACAUGCGAUUCGAAGUUUGAACGAGUUUGGCUGGGCGGUCGUCGACAACUUUCUGGGAUCCGAACAUUGCAAAUUCACCGCUUUGUGCGUUUUUUUUUUCUCGAUAAAGUUUGAGUCGAGUAUGUUUGAAUUCUUCGAAAAAGAAUUUUUAUAUCAACUUUUUGAAGAAUAUGCGAAAAAAUUUUUUUUGACUUUUAUUGGCCUGAACUUCUGUGACGCACUUUUAAACGAUUAUUGUUUCAAAUAUCAACAAAAAAUGAAAGUUUUCAGGGAAAUUGAGAAACUGUACGAGAGGGGACUGUUCAGCGCUGGCCAACUGAUGGAAGGAAGAAACAAGGAUGAGUACCACAUCAAGGACAUCCGAUCGGACCAAGUGAGCAAAAUGAUCCAUUUUGUUGUAGUCAUAAAUGUGAUCGGCUAGGCGGCGAACAAGAACUUUUGAAGCUAUAACUCGCUAUCGCCUUUGGCGGUGUAGAUGAUCAAGUUAAAAGCAUAAUCUUGCGGUACUUUGCCUCCUUCUUCUGCGCGUAGUUCAUUCAGUUGCGCCUUGACGAGCUCAGGGUGUAGUGGAUCUCGUGCUGAAGCCCGGAGACCGUCCUCCAGAAGGAAGCCUCGAAAUGAGAGCGACCACUUUGAGUGAUGACUUCACACGAAAUAUUUGAAAAAUAGAGCUUCUGUGAAUAAUUAGAGUAGUAUCUCGGAUAAUUAUCCCUUACCAAGUUUUAUCAUCACUCUGAAAUAUUUCAUUCUCAUCGAUAUCAGAAAAAAAACCAACUGCAUGCUUCACAAAUUUUCUAUCCAGACGCCCAUUUUUUUUUCAGAACGAUGAAAACAAACCAAUUUUGAUUGACGAAAUUUAAAAUCUAUUUCAGAUUUAUUGGUACGAUGGAGCGGAUAAGCGGGCAAGUGACGCCGCCACAGUCCGACUUCUGAUUUCGAUGGUCGACUCGGUCAUCCAGCAUUUCAAGCAGAGGGUCUCGCACGAUAUCGGCGGGAGAUCUAGGGUGAAUAUUGAAAUCCAGCUGCGAAAAAAUAGCUUUAAAAAGAUGGUCUGAAUCAGUUUUUUUUGAUAAGAAAUAGUCGCUGCGGGUCAAAAUUAUGAAAAUAGAUAACUUUAAAGAAAAAAAUGAAUGAAAUAGUUCUCCGGGUAGCGGUGCAUCAGUGCAUUGUUAGUUGAUAUGACUUCAGCGAAAUUUUGAGCGGAGAAGCUCGGAAAUCAUGGCUUCUUUUUUUUACCCAAAAAAUAGGAUUUUUGACUAAUAUUGUCUUUUUCCAGGCGAUGCUCGCUAUAUAUCCUGGCAAUGGCACUCGUUACGUCAAACACGUCGACAAUCCGGUGAAAGACGGACGAUGUAUCACCACGAUUUACUACUGUAAUGAGAACUGGGACCUUAAAAAGGUAAACUUAUUUGGAAAGAAAUAUUAAUUAAUUUUGAGAUUGGUACUGUUUUUGUGGAGUUAUGAGCAACAUUUUUUUUUUCCGGUCCAAAGAGGUGUGUUCAUGAAAUGGAAGCAAAAACUCAUAGCAUGCGAUUGAAUAAUGAAAAUUUUUGAGGACGGCGGAACCCUCCGGCUGUAUCCCGAGUCUUCAGCCACGCCGAUGGACAUCGAUCCUCGGGCGGAUCGAUUGGUCUUUUUCUGGUCCGAUCGACGGAAUCCCCACGAAGUGAUGCCCGUUUUCCGACAUAGGUUUCAUCCUACAGUUUACUUUAUAAUCAUAAUAAUUCUUCUUGAAGAUUUGCCAUAACCAUCUGGUACAUGGACCGUGAUGAAAGGAACAAAGCUUUAGUUCGAAAUCAGGUCUCCAAAGGAGCGGCUAGCUCUUCGAAAGAUUUGGAGAGCUUGAAGGUUCCACAAAGAAGAAAAAUGUAUUUGAAAUCUCAUUUUCCAGGAUGAAGCCCUUCUCGCUGAGAAAAUCCGCAACGACAUGGUUUUGGCGUCGAAGAAAAUGCAGAAAGAAGGUAAAAAUUAAUUUGAGAGCCACUGAAGUGACCACUGUAGAGAUGGCUCUGGCAAGUUAAAGACGAAAAAACUCUGAAAAGAGCCCUAUAGGGGUCACUGAAAAUCAGAACGUCUGAGAUCACGUAAGAUAUUUAGAAAUUUCACAGGCACCUCUUUUCAAAGUUGCACUUUUAAUCAACUUAAGGGAUCACUUAGAGUUUAAAGAAAACCUGAAUGGUCACUUUGAACUGAAAAAAAAAUUUUCACUUAUUACGCGCUUCUAGUAACCACUUGAGGAUUACUAGAAGAAAUGUCUCCCUUUUUCCACAAAAAAAAUGCUCUACAGAAGUAAAUCUUUAGUGACCACUUCAAUUAUGAAAAACUUUUGGGGCGGUACAUCAACAUGCAAUUUUUUUUCAGUAUCAAUGGAGCCGGAAAGCGUCAGGAGAAGCGCAAGGCUAGGAAUCCGCUCGACGACCGGUACUUCGGGCGUCGGUAGGGCUUCGGACCGUCGAAGUUCUGGCUCCAGUGAAAACGAGGCCGAUGAGUCGCCCGGAGCCCCACAAACUGACCCCGAAUACACUAUUUGA